GCGGCGCGGCCGCGGCUCAGCAUGGACGUGACGGUGUCGCAGCUCGUCGAGCUGUUCCUGCAGAGCCCGCUGGUGACCUGGGUGAAAACUUUUGGCCCAUUUGGAAGCGGCCACCAGGACAACUUGACUCUGUACAUGGAUUUAGUGGACGGCAUCUUUCUGAACCAAAUCAUGUUGCAAAUAGACCCCAGACCCAGCAACCAGCGCAUCAACAAGCAUGUCAACAAUGAUGUAAACUUGCGCAUCCAGAACCUGAGUAUCCUGGUGAGAAACAUCAAGACCUACUACCAGGAAGUUCUCCAGCAGCUGAUCGUAAUGAAUUUACCCAAUGUUUUGAUGAUUGGCAAAGACCCGCUGUCUGGGAAGAGCAUGGAGGAGAUUAAGAAGGUGUUGCUGCUGGUACUGGGCUGUGCUGUUCAGUGUGAGAGGAAAGAGGAGUUCAUUGAGAGAAUCAAACAGCUGGACAUUGAGACCCAGGCUGGCAUCGUGGCUCACAUCCAGGAGGUGACCCACAACCAGGAGAAUGUGUUUGACCUGCAGUGGCUGGAGUUGCCGGAUGUGGCCCCAGAGGAGCUGGAGGCCCUCUCCAGAAACAUGGUGUUCCACCUCCGCAGACUCAUCGAUGAACGUGACGAGUGCACCGAGCUGAUUGUGGACCUGACACAAGAGAGAGACUACCUGCAGGCGCAGCACCCUCCCAGCCCCGGCAAGUUCUCCAGCCCAGACUCCACACCAAGCCCCACCAGCAGCCUGUCCAGCGAGGACAAGCAGCACCUGGCCGUGGAGCUGGCUGACACCAAGGCCAGGCUGCGGCGCGUCAGGCAGGAGCUGGAGGAGAAGACGGAGCAGCUUUCGGACACCAGGCAUGAGGUGGAUCAGCUGGUCCUGGAGCUUCAGAAAGCCAAGCAAGAUAACAUUCAGCUGGCGGCUGAUGCCCGGUCAGCCCGUGCCUAUCGGGAUGAGCUGGACUCCCUGAGGGAGAAGGCAAACCGCGUGGAGAGGCUGGAGAUGGAGCUGGUCCGCUGCAAGGAGAAGCUGCAUGAUGUGGACUUCUACAAGGCUCGCAUGGAGGAGCUGAGAGAAGACAACAUCAUCUUAAUCGAGACCAAGGCCAUGUUGGAGGAGCAAUUGACUGCCGCCCGGGCUCGCGGUGAUAAAGUCCAUGAACUGGAGAAAGAGAACCUGCAGCUGAAAUCUAAACUCCACGACUUGGAAUUGGAUCGGGACACAGACAAGAAACGAAUUGAGGAGCUGCUGGAAGAAAACAUGGUUCUGGAGAUCGCACAGAAGCAGAGUAUGAACGAGUCGGCCCACCUGGGCUGGGAGCUGGAACAGCUGUCCAAGAAUGCGGACUUGUCCGACGCCUCCAGGAAGUCCUUCGUGUUUGAGCUUAACGAGUGCGCGUCCAGCCGCAUCCUGAAACUGGAGAAGGAGAACCAGAGCCUCCAGAGCACCAUCCAGGGUCUGCGCGACGCGUCGCUGGCGCUGGAGGAGAGCAGCCUCAAGUGCGGGGAGCUGGAGAAGGAGAAUCAGCAACUUAGCAAGAAGAUUGAAAAGUUACAGACACAGCUGGAGAGAGAAAAGCAGAGUAACCAAGACCUGGAGACUCUCAGCGAGGAGCUUAUCCGAGAGAAGGAACAGCUGCAGAGUGACAUGGAAGCCCUGAGGGCAGACAAGGCCAGGCAGAUAAAGGAUCUGGAGCAGGAGAAGGGCCACCUCCACCAGGCUGUGUGGUCACUGCGGGAGAGGCCGCAGGUCAACAGUGGGAAGGAUGUGGAGAAGGAGAACAGAGCCCUCCACCAGGCUGUGACCGAGGCGGGCAGCAAGCUCAGCCAGCUGGAGCUGGAGAAGCAGCAGCUACACAGGGACUUGGAGGAGGCCAAGGAGAAAGGGGAGCGGGCAGAGACGCUGGAGAAGGAGCUGCACCGGCUAGAGAAGGAGAACGAGCAGCUGGCCAAGAAGGUGACCUCCCUGAAGACAGUCACUGAGAAGUUCGAGGCCCUGGAGCAUGAGAGCCAGGGUCUGGAGCUGGAGAACCGGACGCUGAGAAAGUCUCUGGACACGCUGCAGAACGUGUCUGUGCAGCUCGAAGGCCUAGAGAGGGACAACAGGCAGCUAGACCAGGAGAACCUGGAGCUGCGCAAGAUGGUGGAAGCUAUGCGCUUCACCAGCGCCAAGAUGGCGCAGAUUGAGGCCGAGAACCAGCAGUUGGAGCAGGAGAAGGAAGAGCUGCGCAGGAGCGUGGAGCUGCUGAAGGCCUUAAGCAAGAAGUCGGAGCGCCUGGAGCUUAGCUACCAGAGUGUGAGUGCUGAGAACCUGAGGCUGCAGCACAGCCUGGAGAGCAGCAGCCACAAGUCUCAGGCCCUGGAGAGGGAGCUGGGUGAGCUGGAGGCCGAGCGCCAGGCCCUGAAGCGGGACCUGGAGGCUCUGCGGCUAACCAACAAGCAGCUCGAGGGGGCCGAGAAAGACAGGAAGGCCCUGGAGCAGGAGGUGGCCCAGCUGGAGAAGGACAAGAAGCUGUUGGAGAAGGAGGCCAGACGCCUGUGGCAGCAAGUGGAGCUCAAGGACGCUGUCCUGGAUGACAGCGCUGCCAAGCUGUCGGCCGCCGAGAAGGAGAGCCGCGCGCUGGACAAGGAGCUGGCCCGCUGCCGGGAUGCGGCAAGCAAACUGAAGGAGCUGGAGGUGGACAACAGGGACCUCACCAAGCAGGUCACCGUGCACACGAGGACACUGACCACCCUGAGAGAGGACCUGGUGCAGGAGAAGUUGAAGAGCCAGCAGCUGAGCAGCGAGCUGGACAAACUGAGCCAGGAGCUGGAGAAAGUUGGCCUCAGCAAGGAGCUGCUGCUGCAGGAGGACAACAGUCACGGAGACAUAAAGUGCAAGAUUUUGGAAGGCAAAAAUGAAUCGGCAUUGAAAACAGCACUGGCCAUGAAAGAGGAAAAGAUUGUGUUUUUGGAGGCACAGGUGGAAGAGAAAGAGAGCUUGAAUCACCAACUACAGGCUGAGCUGCGGAUGGUAAAGGAAGAGCAAGAGCAGCUCAGGCAGACCCAGGAGGAUGGAACGAAGGCGCAGAGCCUGCUGAAGCACCCGGCAGGCAAGGUGGUCACCAGUCACCAAGAGAAGGAGGGCUGGGGGCCUAGCCACAAGGAGGCCACCAUGGAGCUUCUCCGUGUGAAGGACCGGGCCAUUGAGCUGGAACGCAGUAACGCAGCUCUGCAGGCUGAGAAGCAGCUACUGAAGGAGCAGCUUCAGCACCUGGAGACACAGAAUGUGGCCUUCAGCAGCCAGAUCUUGACCCUACAGAAGCAGAGUGCCUUCCUGCAGGAGCACACCACCGCGCUGCAGACCCAGACUGCAAAGCUGCAGGUGGAGAAUUCCACACUGAGCUCCCAGAAUGCAGCACUCGGAGCGCAGUACACAGUGCUACAGAGCCAGCAGACGGCCAAGGAGGCGGAACACGAGGGUCUGCAGCAGCAGCGGGAGCAGCUGGCAGCUGCCUAUGAAGCCUUGCUCCAGGACCAUGAACAUCUGGGUGCCCUGUACGAUCACCAGUCCUCAGAGUACGAGGCCCUUAUCCGCCAGCACAGCUGCCUGAAGACGCUGCACCGGAACCUGGAGCAGGAGCACAGGGAGCUUGGGGAAAGGCACGGCGACUUGCAGAAGCGCAAAGCAGAGCUGGAGGAGCUAGAGAAAGAGCUGAGCACUGAGCGGGAGGCGCUGCAGCGGGAGCAGAGGACCAGCGCCAUCGCCACAAGCGAGAACCAGAGGCUGCGAGGAGAGCUGGACAGGGUCAGCUUCCUGCACCACCAGCUGAAAGGGGAGUACGAAGAGCUGCACGCCCACACCAAGGAGCUGAAAACCUCACUGAACAACUCCCAGCUGGAGCUGAACCGCUGGCAGGCACGCUUCGACGAGCUUAAGGAGCAGCACCAGAGCCUGGAUAUCUCUCUGACCAAGCUGGACAACCACUGUGAGCUGCUCUCCCGUCUCAAGGGGAACCUAGAGGAGGAGAAUCAUCACCUGCUGAGCCAGAUCCAGCUGCUGAACCGGCAGAACCAGAUACUCCUGGAACAGAACAUGGAGAACCAGGAGCAGUACCACGAGGAACAGAAGCAGUACAUAGACAAGUUAAAUGUUUUAAGGAGACACAAGGAAAAACUGGAAGAAAAGAUAAUGGAUCAGUACAAGUUCUAUGACCCUGCUCCAAAGAAGAAGAACCACUGGAUCGGAGCCAAAGCCCUAGUCAGACUUAUCAAGCCAAAGAAAGAAGGUUCCAGAGAACGGUUGAAAUCCACUACAGAUAGCCCCGCCUGCCAGCUGGAGCCCUCAGACCCUGCCUCGCCACCUGCAUCUCAGGGUCUCCGAGCACAGACGGAGAACUCUGACAACCCGCCACCCGGCUCCAGCUGUGCAGAAGAACGCGACACCCACAACGGGCCCCUGGGGAAAGGCUCCGGGGAUCUAAAAUCAAAGCGAGGGUCCCCACGAGGAGGCAGUGUUGACCACACAGACACCUCCGCUGACCCAGCUGUGAAGUCCUGGCCCUCGGAGCCUGGCUCCCGGACUUUUUCAACCUCAGCCAUCAUGGCAGCCCCUUCCAGCUCCACUCCUGUCCCCAAGCACCUAGGCCGCACCAAAGGUUGCAAUUCUGAGGACAACCUCUGCGAGCUACCCGCAGAGCCGGAGGGCCUCCACCACAGGCAGCAGGCAUCUCGGCCAAACAGCUUGGAGAGCAGUAGGAACACAUCCAGCAGCAGCUCACCCCUGAGCCUCAAAGGUUCCUCUGACCAUCUGCACAGCCGCUGUGAGAGCUUCAGCAGCGCAGACCUGAUCCCCAGCAGGGACCUCACCACACUGUCUCGAGAUGCCAGCACCCCAGGGCGUGGCGUUCUCGGCCGCCAUGAGUACCCUCCACCCCGGAAUGGGCCUGUCCUCCAGGAGAGUAUGCAGAAGAGGGGUGCUCCAGCCCACACUGGGGUGCGGCCCCGCUCGGCCUCUCCCAGCAGUGAGAUGGUCACCUUGGAGGAAUUUUUAGAGGAGAGUAACCGCAGCUCUCCCGCCCACGACACUUCCAGCUGCCGGGAUGACCUGCUCAGUGACUACUUCCGAAAGGCUCAUGAUCCCCCAGCCGUGGGAGGCCAGCCGGGACCACCAGCUAGGAAAGAUGGAGCCAAGAUGCCCACCAGCUUUGUGGCUCCCACCAUCAAGAUUCCAGUCACCACCUCCGAGGGGCAGCAGCUGAAGCCAGGGCAUUUUGUGAAGCCCAGCUUGAGACCAUCUGAAGCUGAGGCCCUGGCUGGGAUCCCUUCCAGACAGGUCCAGCCUCCCCAGAGCCUGUCUCUGGGUAGACCCAGGCAAGCCACAAUGCCCCCGACUUGUCACGUGCCUGUCAGCCGAAGUGCAUCUCUGAGCAGAACUUUCAGCCUGGCUUCAGCUGACCUCCUCCGGGCCAGUGGGCCCGAAGCCUGCAGGCCAGGCUCUCCCCAGAAUCCUCGAUGUGCUGAGGCUGCAGGAGCCAGAGAGACAGGCAGCCACAGCCUGAAAGGCUCCCACAGCCUAGCCCGGGAGCGGACUCCACUGGUGGGAAAAGCUGACAGCUCCUCUCCAGGCCCGGGCCCCCGAGGCCGGCCACUGGACACGAGACGCUUCUCUCUGGCCCCACCAAAGGAAGAGAGGUUGGCGCCCCUGCAGCAGUCCGCCACAGCGCCAGCCCUUGCCACUGGAUGCGGCAGUGACAGCAACGCUCAGAUCCAGCACUGUUCUCCCGCUGUGGCUCCAUCGGUCAGGACGAAACCCAAAGUGCCACCACACUCAGGGGAGGUAGCGACUGUCACGCCUGUGCGACCAGGGCUCGGCACCUCAGAGGGAGGUGGGACUCCGGGGCAUGGCCACAGUGAGGGGCGUCUGACCAAAAGCCCUGGCAGGUCUCCUGACGUGGCUCCCCAUAGGAGCAGGGGCCCUGAGGACCUCACUCGAGGGAGCAGCUCGGAGAGCAUGCCAGCAUCCCCAGAGCCAGGCGGGGACCCGCAGACAGUGUGGUAUGAGUACGGCUGCGUGUGACGUGGGUUCGAGGAUCUGCAGCGUGCAAGCCCUAGACUGCUGGUGCGCCUUCUGAUUACGACAGCCUUUUCUCCUGUUUGCCCCUGGUGCCAGGAAAGGGUGGAGAAUGAGGCGUGGGGUUCCCACGCAGUCAACCCGUUGGUUGAUGGAAACACUGUGCCAAGCCCGGGUUACUCUCCUGGGCCUAUAACUUAUCUUCUGUAGCUACAGCUUCCAGCAGCUGGUGUCUUGUGCACAAAUCUGUUUCACACAGGGGCUGCUUAGGAUUCAGUGGCAAAACUGAUUUACCCAGAAACAGACACUACUGAGUAGGAAUACUCAUCUGCAACCUAUUGACCUCCUUUGAAGAGCUCGUGCGCGUGCGCGUGUCCCAGGCUCAUAAACCUAAGCCCUGAUGGGUCUGGCAACGCUACUCCUGCCUAAAAGCCAUGGGUCAUAGGAAAAGCUUAGCCUGGAGCAGGGCUGGCCGUUAAACCCAGGACGGUUGCCAUCCGGUUCCUGGGGUCCCAGCGCUUCCCUUUCCAACAGGACCAAGCUUCAGGGUUAGCCACGGGGUCUGGGCCAUUUGUAGCUAGCUCCUGGGCUCUGCUUAGGGGAGGCUUUGAUGCUUCCCAGGCUCACUUUAAUAGAAACACUGGAUCUGCCAGGCCUAGGGUGCGGCAAAGAGCUGCCCUCUCGAGUCGAGUCCCGGCGAGGGACAGUCCGGCAGGCGGGGUUAGUGCACAGAAGGAAGGCCCAGGCCGCACUUGCUCUGUAGUGUGGCUGGUGCCUCCCCCCCCACCCCGCCUUCCUCGGCACAGAGGGAAUGUUACUAUUUCUGAAUAACUUUUUGGGGGUAGGAACCAAAUUCCUUUAAUAUAUAUGUACACACUUGAAGAUCUAUAUUAUAUACUUUCGGGACCUAUUUAUGCUCCGCUGGAAGGUAUUCUUCAGGGGUCUGACCUGCUGUUUGCGUAUUUGGUCCAAUGCCUGACACGUUUCGUUUCCUAUUGUAAUGGUGCUUUUCCUGGGAUGGAUUAAACGAUUUUUUUUUUUUUCUGUUUUGAUGUAAUGUGCUGAAAAAGAAACAGGGGAGACCUCAGAAUGUUAACAAGAUCCACGGUAAGGGUGUUUGGGUUGUGUGUUAAUAGCCAUUCGUUCUAGAAGAUGGGGAUAAUAAAAUGGAAAGGAACCUGA